AUGUCUUCAAUCGCUAUGCGGAGGUUCGCAGCUGGUCCUUCGGUUUCGAGGGCACUGAAGAACCAGACCAGAACAUUUUCCUCAACGCGUCCUGCUGCGCGGAUAAUAACACAUGCGCCUUUGCGAGCGAAGGAAGCAAGUCCAUUCCUCAGCAAUAAAUAUCCAGUGGUGGACCACGAGUACGAUGCCAUCGUCGUCGGUGCUGGUGGAGCAGGUCUGCGAGCAGCCUUCGGUCUUGCCGAGGCAGGUUUCAACACGGCGUGUAUAUCCAAGCUCUUCCCAACUCGAAGUCACACAGUAGCAGCACAAGGAGGAAUCAAUGCGGCGCUGGGUAACAUGCACGAGGACGACUGGAGGUGGCACAUGUACGACACCGUCAAAGGUUCAGAUUGGUUAGGAGAUCAGGAUGCUAUUCACUAUAUGACAAGGGAGGCGCCACAGUCCGUCAUCGAAUUGGAAAAUUAUGGUUGCCCCUUCUCAAGAACGGAAGAUGGAAAGAUCUACCAACGUGCGUUCGGAGGACAAUCGCAGAAAUUUGGCAAAGGUGGACAGGCCUACCGAUGCUGCGCUGCUGCGGAUCGAACUGGACACGCUCUCCUUCACACCCUAUACGGUCAAUCUCUCAGACAUAACACCAACUACUUCAUCGAAUACUUCGCUCUCGAUCUGAUUAUGGAGGAUGGCGAGUGCAAGGGUGUUAUUGCUUACAACCAAGAAGAUGGAACCCUCCACCGAUUCCGAGCACACAACACCGUUCUAGCAACUGGAGGUUACGGACGUGCCUAUUUCAGUUGCACAUCUGCACACACGUGCACUGGUGACGGAAUGGCUAUGGUUGCCCGUGCCGGUCUUCCUAACCAGGAUCUCGAGUUCGUUCAAUUCCACCCAACUGGUAUUUAUGGUGCUGGAUGCUUGAUUACCGAAGGAGCUCGUGGAGAGGGUGGAUAUCUCCUCAACUCUGAGGGUGAGCGGUUUAUGGAACGUUAUGCACCAACUGCCAAGGAUUUGGCCAGUCGAGAUGUCGUUUCCCGAUCAAUGACUAUGGAGAUCCGUGAAGGCCGUGGUGUUGGCCCUGAUAAGGACCAUCUAUACCUGCAACUCAGUCACUUGCCACCAGAUGUUCUCCACGAACGUCUUCCAGGUAUCUCUGAGACUGCCUCUAUCUUCUCUGGUGUCGAUGUUCGAAAGCAGCCAAUUCCAGUUCUUCCAACCGUUCACUACAACAUGGGUGGUAUCCCAACCAAAUAUACUGGUGAGGUUCUCACUGUGGAUGGUGAAGGCAAGGACAAGGUCGUCCCAGGUCUUUUUGCAUGUGGUGAGGCUGCUUGUGUCUCGGUUCACGGUGCCAACCGUCUUGGAGCCAACUCGCUGCUCGAUUUGAUCGUCUUCGGUCGUGCUGUAUCGCACACUGUUCGGGAUAACUUCGAGCCUGGUAUGCCACACAAGGAGAUCAGCGCUGAUGCUGGUGCCGAGUCUAUCAGUGUCCUUGACCAGAUCCGUACUGCCGACGGACCAAAGUCUACACACGAGAUUCGUCUUGCUAUGCAAAAGGUUAUGCAGACAGAUGUCAGUGUUUUCAGAACCCAAGAAAGUUUGGAUGAGGGUGUCAGCAAGAUCAAUGCUGUUGACCAGACCUUCAAGGAUGUUGGCACCAAGGACAGAAGCAUGAUCUGGAAUUCUGACUUGGUCGAGACACUCGAAUUAAGAAACUUGUUGACCUGCGCUGUUCAAACCGCAGAGUCAGCAGCAGCUAGAACCGAAUCCCGUGGAGCUCACGCACGUGAGGAUUUCCCAGAAAGAGACGACAAGGAAUGGAUGAAGCACACAUUAUCUUACCAGAAGAAGCCCCAAGGAAAGACCAACCUCUCAUACCGAAGUGUGGUCGGUACCACCCUAGACGAGAAUGAGUGCAAGGCGGUCCCACCAUUCAAGCGUGUAUACUAG